UCCGGACCUUCUACGACACCAGGUGUGCAUGCCUUGCCUCGCAUUGACAGUCUGUCAAGCCCAGCCCAGCCUCGCCAUGCUAAGGGUAGACCCAUCACGGACACACCACACUCGGCCUUCCCACUCAGUCCUUCCAAACACUUCCAAUCCAUCACAUGUCUGUCCCUUUGCUGUGCCACUGUUGACUGAUGCUUGAGGCUAUGGGGUUGAGUCGCCAUCUUGUCCGACACCUUGGCAGCAAGGCCCUGCAACCAGGCAAGCUCGACAACAUACGCGUGUCACGCGCGCUUCACUGUCUUUGGGCGGCUCCGGGGUAUACUGUAGGAUCUCGCAUAUAUGCCUCCGGUAGAACGCCGUGAGAAUAUGGCAUUCGUGUGUGUGUAUCAAGCAAGAACUGCUUGAUAAAGGACCUGAAGCCUGACACGCCGAAAGGUGAGGAGUACUGCCCGUGUAGGAUGUGGACUAUGUACACAGGUGGCUAAGAGAUGCGGGAUGACCGAGAACCCGGUCUCCUCGCGACCUCACCACCACCUGCUGCUCUGUGCUAUCCUUCUGGCGGCUAUCCAUUCCAGAUCCCAUCAAAUAUAUCUCCCUUCGACUCUUCACUUCUCUCACACCAUGCUCGCCGCCUUAUCAGUCCUCCUGACAUUUAUACCUCUUGUCCUCGCUGUCAACGUGCCGACUUUGGCUUCCGGCUGGGAAUACGUCGGAUGUCUUUAUGAAGGAGAGGGACAACGUAUCUUGAACUGGACUAUCUAUCCAAGUAGUGGAAUGACGCCCGUCGUCUGCGUCACCUAUUGCAACAAUCAAGGGCUCCCUUUCGCCGGCCUCGCCGACGCCGACCAAUGCAUGUGCGGCUCCAGACUCUCCAACUUUCAACGAGUCGACGAAAAGAACUGCAACUACACCUGCGCCGGCAACGCCCAAUACGAAUGCGGCGGCUGGGGAUACAUCUCCUUCUACUCCCUCGCUUCCAAAAACCCCGAUCCCGACGCCACCUCUUCCACUAUCGUCACCACUUCCUCCGCCAAGGCUGGUCAAACGAGUACUGUCGUAACUAGCGCAGCGGCGGGGACGACGACGGUGAAGGAGGAGGCACAGACGCAGACGGUGGUGGUCACUUCGGUGGCUACGGAUGGGGAAGCGAGUGGGCAGGUUGUCACUUCCACUAUGGUCGUUUCAUCUGCAGAAACUACUAGUGAGGUCGUGGCUGCGGCCGAGGCCUCUACAACGUCUACCUCGACAGACGGUGCCAGCACGCCGUCGGACUCUUCACAAGAUUCUUCAUCGGCUACUGGAGUACCCACUUCCUCCAUCGCCUCUUCAUCCUCUUCUUCAUCUCUCUCAACGACAUCGGUAUCGUCUUCAAGCAACCCCCUCCCUACCUACCACGCCUCUUCGACCCUUUCUCCCUCCGGUACGCCGAGACUCAAGACACCGUCUGUCAUCUUCGGUCUCACUACUUCAUCUGCAACCAAAUUGCACGCCUUACCAGUAAAGAGUGUAGCAUGCUUAGUAGGCGGUCUGAUGGGCGUUUGGGUUUUGCUCUAGUAGAUACUAAUAUGAGGCGUGGAGCUGUUUAUUAUCUCUGGACAAUCACAUUACUCUAGAUCUAUAAUGCGACUUAUAUGCCA